AUGGACGCUAGAGAGACUUCCCCCGCGAGGGAGGCCUCUCCCAGCGGAACGAAGCUGUUUCUCGGCGGCCUCACGCGAACCACGACCUCCGAGAUGCUCGCCGAAUACUUUGCGAGCUUCGGCGAGGUCGUGUCGGCCGAGGUGAAGGCUACGUGGGCCGGGGUGCCCUGCGGCUUCGGCUUCGUCACGAUGAGGGACAAGGCCAUCGCCGACGACAUCGUGGGCACCAAGCACGUCAUCGACGGGCGCGAAAUCGAGCCCCGCCACUCCGUCCCUCCCCACCGGCCGCGGCGCGUGUUUGUCGGCGGCUUGGACGGCGCCAUCACGGAGGACGAUAUCAUCGAGUACUUCAGCCAGUUCGGGGACGUCGAGACGGCGGAGAUACCCCGGGACCACGACGGCCGGGGCCGUGGCUUUUGUUUCGUCACCUUCGCCUCGAAGGAUUCCGUCGCCGCCUGCAAGCAAGCUGGAAGGUUCCAGGAAAUCGGCGACAAAAAGGUCGAGAUCAAGGACGCGACGCCCAAGGGCACCGGCCCGGUUGGCCGCAUGCAAGCCCCGCCCGGCGCGCCAGGCUACCGCGCCUUCUCCCCUCUCGACCGCGCACAGUAUUCACGAGCUGCCCAGGGCGGACGUGGUCCCGGCUGGCCCGACGCAGCGCCGACGCAGCUUUCGCCAUAUUCAUCCAUCACUCCACAGGGCUACCCCGCCUACGGCGUGCUCCCGCUGCACUACACGUCCUCAGGAUUCCACGCUCUGCCCAACACAUACGCCUACGGGAACUUCUUCGCCCAGGGUGCCGGCCCCAGUGCGGUGCACCUGGUGCAGGUGCCGCCCCUGCAAGGCGGCGCUGUGCAGCCCCCUGGACGCGGCGCGCCGCAGCCCGUGGUGCUCGUGCAGGCCCCGGGCCCCUCGGGCGGCUCCGCGCCCCUCCCGCAGUUUGCGCACAUGUCCCUGCAGGGCGCGAUGCCCGGCAACGCGCCCAGCGGCGGGGCGCAGGAGCAGCCCCCGCGCCCCGAUGUUGCGCCCGGCGCGGGCCCCCCCCGCUUCGGAUGA